AUGUCAGAUAGUAAAAAGCAUUACAACGAAUCUAAUGUACGAUAUAAAGUGAAAUAUUCAGGAAAAAUAUUUGGUAAUAAUAUGAAAAAAUUAAAUGAAAAUAAUAAUCAUGAUUUUACAACUGCUGAAGCAGCAUGGAUGGAAAAGAAAAAGAAAUUAUAUAAAGAUACAAAUAAUCAACCUUUAUGGGAUUUUCGAAAAAUUCAAAUAAAUCCAACAGAAACUGAUGAAUUAAUUAGUUUUCCAUCAAAUAAAAUAUGCUCAAAAAAUUACGGAAAAUAUUCAUUUAUAUUUAAAGGAUUAUAUGAACAAUUUUUGAGAUUACCAAAUAUAUGGUUUUUAUUAAUUUCCUUAUUAGAAUUUAUCCCACAAUAUCAAAAUUUGAGUAAUUAUAUGUAUUAUUCCAAACAUUCUUCAUUUUUCUUACUUUUGUUCUUUAUAUGUGUGUCUAUUAUAAAAAAUAUAUAUGAAGAUUCUAGAAGAUCUAAUAUAGAUUAUCAAAUAAAUAAUAGAUUAUGCCAUAUGUUGGAUGGACCAAACUCACAAUUAAAAGCUGUAAGAUGGAUGGAGUUAUCAGUUGGUAGUAUAAUUAGAUUAAUAGAAAAUGAACAAGUUCCUGCAGAUAUUCUUUUAUUAAGUUGUAAUAAUUCAGAAGGAGUUGUAUAUAUUGAAACAUCAUUACUUAAUGGAGAAACUAAUUUGAAUAAAAAAUAUUGUGUAAAUGAAACAAGAAAUGAAACAUCUAUAUAUGCAAUAAGUAAUAUUAGAGGUAGAAUAGUUUGUGAGAAACCUAAUAGUAAUAUGGAAUCAUUUAAUGGAUCUUUAAAAUUAGAUGCACAUCCUCGUGCCACUUCAUUAUCUAUUAAUAAUGUUAUAUUUAAAGGUUCUCAUAUUAAAAAUACUGAAUAUAUAUUUGGUGUUAUAUUAUAUACAGGUAAUGAUACCAAAAUUAUGAAAAAUAUAUCUAAUAAUAAACACAAAUUAGGAUAUGUAAACAAAGAAUUAAAUUCAUAUACAAUUAUCGGUUUAAUCUUUACAUUCAUAUGUGUAUUUAUAUCAGUUUUAUUUAAAUGGACUGAAGAUGAUAAAUUUAGAAAUGGUUCUCAUUUUUUUUUAAUUACAGUUAAAGAUAAUAUAUGUGAAUCUAUAGUUAAAUAUACAUUAUUAUAUUCUAAUAUUAUACCUAUUAGUAUAUUAAUAUCAGUAGAUUUAAUUUCUAUAUUACAAAGUAUUUUGAUUGAAAAUGAUAAUCAUAUAAGUACAUUCGAAAAUUAUGAAACAUCAGAACCUUCUACUAUUGAUGAUAUGGAUAAUGAAUUAGGUGAUUUUAAAAUGGAUAAAUCUCAUACGUUUUUUAAAAAAUAUACUUAUUUUUUAAAUAACCGUAGUAAAAAUUUUACUAACAAUAGAUAUUCCUCUACAAAUACUGAACGCGCAUCUGAUUUUAGAAAAAGCUUUUUUGGUACUUUUGAUAAAUUAAAAACUAUAAAAAGAUACUUUUAUAGUAUUAAAAGUAAAAUUAAAUCUAUAUCACAAUCAAAUACUCUUUAUAAUAAAAGUUCGGCAGGCGGUAGUAUUAUACGUUCAGAUAAAAAUAAACAAACUACAUUUUCAAAAUCGUUUAUAGAUAUUUUUCAGCGAACAAAUAAUAAUGAGCAUUCCCAAACGUUGGACAAUAAUAAUAAUAAUGAUAAUAAUAAUAAUAACAAUAUUUGUAAAGAAAAAUAUCAAAAUGUAAAUAAUUCAAAAAAUGUUUAUGUCUCUGAAGAUUCAUCAAAUAAUAAAUAUAAACAGAACGAUUAUCUACAGAAAAGUCAAGAACAAAAUGAAAUUCAUUCCAUAAAUAAUAAUAAUUAUAAUAAUAAAAAUGACAAUAAUCUUCAAACCGAAUUUAGUAAUCAUAAUUUUAGAAUCAAUGCAUAUAAAACUAAUAGAACUACAAAAGAUGAUACAUAUAAUAAUAAACAUAUAUCAUUAAAUAGUAGAAGCAAAUCUAAUCAAAAAGGAAUAUUAAUAAAUAGUAAUGAAAUAAAUCGAAAGAAAAAAAAAAAUCUUCUCCAAAAAAUUUUUCCCUUUUUCAAAAAAAAAAGAACAAACAUUUCAGAAGAUUUAUCUAAAUAUGUUUUUAGAAGAAGUAAACAAUUAAAUAUAAAUCAUAACAAUAGUGAAAAAUAUAACCUAAAUGAUUAUGAUGAAUAUGGAUGGGGAUUAUGUUUAAAUUCAAAUAUGCAUGGAGAUUUAGGAAAUGUAGAUUUUAUAUUUACAGAUAAAACAGGAACUUUAACAAACAAUAAUAUGACAUUUAAUAUGUGUUCUAUAGCAGGAAAAACAUAUGGAUCCAAAUGUAAAAAUAAAAAAAAAAUAUAUAAUAACCCUAAAUCUAAUAAUGAUAAUAAACUCAAUUCUUAUGAUAAAAAUAUAUUUAAGAACAAGUUUUCUUCUGAAGCAUCUAUAAAGAAAAUUUCUUUUGUUAGAGAUUUUUCAAAUAAUGUGAGUUCAAAAAAUGAUCUAACACUUGAUGAUCCAACAGAAUUAAUUUCUGACGAAGGGAAUAAUUACCUUAGAGAUAAGUAUGAACAUACAUCUGAUAAAAAAAAUGAUACCAACAAAAACAGAGACGGUGCAAAUAACAGCAACAAUAACAAUAAUAAGGAUGUUAGUAACAAUAAAAAUAAAAAUAACAAUAAUUAUAAUUAUAAUAGUAAUAAUGAUUAUAUUAAACAAAAUGGUGAAUGUAAUAUAUAUAAUAACCAGAACAAUACAAAUAAUACACAUAAUAAUAAUAUAUAUUAUGAUGAAUAUAAUAAUACAAAUGAAGGAAAUAUGAAAAAUACUAAUGUAAAUAAAGAUACCAAUUCUAAAUGUAAUAAAAAGGAUUUUAUAAUCAACACAUCGGAUAUAAUAAAUAAUAAUAAUAAUAAUAAUAAUGAUCAAAAAACAAAUAAUUUAAAGUACAAAUCUAGCUCUUCAUGGAAUAGCAAAGCAAAAAAAUCAAGUUAUAUUAAUUUGAAUUCAUAUAAUAAAUAUCAGUCCUUUCAAAAUUCGUCUAUGUUAUCAUCUUCUUUAUCAUCUACAUGCUCAUCAGAAACUGAAGAUGAAAAUGGAUCACAAUUAAUGUAUUAUAGCUCUUCAAAUUAUGAUAACUUAGACAUAAAUAAUGAUAUGGAUAGUACUAAAACCUAUUCUCAUUAUACAGAACAAAAUUAUUAUAAUAGUGUAAAAGAUGAUAAAGAUAUAAAUUCUGAACACCAAAGAUACCAACAAAAAAAAACAAACAAACAAACAAAAAAUAUACAACAAAAUCAAUGUGAUCAAUGGGAAGAUAAUAGAUAUACACAAGAAUCAAUAAAGAAUCAAUAUUUUUUUGAUAGGAAUUAUCAAACUUUUUUGAUGAAACAAAAUUUCCCAAGACCAAAAAGUUUUAGAUUAAAUAUGAAUUCCAGUUCUGUUAAAGGAAGAUGUGAUUUUAAUGAUACAAAAAUAUAUAACGAUUUAAAUUCUCAGAGUUGGAGAGGAUACUACAUUGAUGAAUUUUUUAAAUGUAUGACGUUAUGUCAUGCUGUAACUCCAUUUAUACAAUUUGAUUAUAUAAGAAAUAAACAUUUAACAUAUACAAAUUCUAGAAGUUCUAAAGGAAUUUCUAAUAAUAUGGACAGAUAUAAUAUUAACCCCACCACCACCACCACCAACAACAACAACAAUAAUAAUAAUAUUAAUAAUAUUAAUAAUAUUAAUAAUAAUAAUAAUAAUAAUAAUAAUAAUAAUAAUAAUAAACAGUUUUCUUGUGAUUAUAUGAAGAAUAGAAAUGAUAUAAUUUUCGAAACAUCCACAGAUUAUUACGCUAACCAAGAUAAUGCGAAAAGAAAAAGAGAAAAAACACUUUUUGAUAAUGUAAGCCAUUGUGGGGAAAUUCAAGAAUAUAGGGACAACAAAAAAUAUAGAAUGAAAAGAAGCCAAACGUGUAGUAAUAAUAGAAAAAUAUUUUCUAAUCAAAGAACUUUAUACGAUUAUAGAAAUAUGAAUAAUAACUUAAAAAAUAAAAAUAGCUAUUUAAGAAAUAAACUAAAAUCAAAAAUAUUCCUUGAUAAAAGUUAUAGAAAGAGAAAAAAAAGUUCUGGAACUUAUAAAGGAUCAGAUAUAUGUAAAGGAAUUGAAAAAAAAGAAACACGCAGAUGGAAAAGGUUUCUACAUAUGAAAGGCAGUAACAAUAGAAAUAUAUUUUCAAGGAUAAAAGAUUUUAAAUCUAAUAGUAUAAUCUAUAAUAACCAGGAUAAAACUAAUGAUUACAAGAACGGUUAUUCUAAUAAUAUUAAUAAUAAUAAUAGUAAUAAUUAUACCAAUGAAAAAAUUAAUAGAUCUUUUAAUAAAAGACAUAGUGCUGUUUCAUUUAAACAAAUGUCUAAAGAAAAAUUAAUUCCUAUAAAUAAUGUUUUAAGUAAUAGAUGUGAUGUAGAAAGUUAUCCUAACGAAGAGUUGUCUUUUAGUAAAAAGAAAAAAAAAAAUUCAGAAAUUGUAUCAUUUGCAAGUGGUAAGAGUGAUAUAGGAUUUGAAGAAAGAACAGAUGCAGGUAUAGCAGGAAAAAAUAUGGAACUCUCUUAUAAUGAAUUAGAAAAAUAUAAAUACGUAAAACAUAUAGAUAGUAAUAAUAAAUAUAUUAAUAAUAAUAAUAACAGUAUACACAUGAGUCAUAUGAGUAGUAAUAAUAACACCUUUGAAUCACAUAUAUAUUUCGAUGCUAUAAAAUAUCAAUCGAGUUCAUUAGAUGAAGAAUGCCUAAUAUAUAGUUCUAGUUUUUUAGGAUAUAGAUUAGUAUUAAGAAAUAAAAAUACCAUGUGUAUUGAGAUUGAUGGUUCAUUUAAUAAAUGGACCAUUAUAGGGGUCAAUGAAUUUACAAAUAGAAGAGGGAAAAUGUCUAUUGUUGUAAAACCUGACUCAAUGGAAUCUGGAUCUAUAUUAUAUGUAAAAGGUUCGGAUUCAUCUAUUUUAUCCUUACUAAAUUUAAAAUAUAGUAAAUUUUUGGAUAAAAAAUACUCAAGAAAGAGAAGAAAUAAAAAUAUACAGAAAUAUAAACAAAAACGGGAAGAAUAUAAUGAAUUAAAAAGUAAAGAUAUUAAUAUAGAAGAAUUCCAAAAAAGUAAAUCACUCAGUUUGAAAAAUUUUAAGAAUAAUACACCGAAAGUUUUAUUUGGUGAAUGUACUCUGGAUAAUAAUAACAACAAUAUCAAUAAAAAUUAUAAAUAUGAUAAAAAUGAUAAACAUAAUAAUAAUAAUAAUAAUAAUAAUAAUAAUAGUAAUUAUUCUUAUAAUUAUCUUCAUGAUUCUAAUAAUUUAGAUGCAAUGCAAAAUCAAAAGUAUUCCUAUGCAUAUGAAGACAAAGAAGAUUAUUAUUAUACAAAUAAUGGUGAAUGUAAUAAAUAUAAAGAACGUUAUCGAAGAUUAGAAAAACAAUUACGUAAAUUUUCUGUGAAAGGAUUAAGAUCCAUGAUUUUUGCAUUUAGAUAUUUAAGUGAAGAAGAAACUAUUAAAUAUAAAAGAAUGUAUGAUGAUGCUUGCUCAUCUAUAUAUAAUAAAGAACAAAGAUUAGAAAAGGUUGCAGAGGAAUUUGAAAGAGAUUUAAUAUAUUUAGGAAUAACAGGUGUAAAAAAUGGUUUACAAGAAAAAGUACCAAAGACAAUUGAUAUAUUAAAUCAAUCAGGUAUACGAAUAUGGAUGUUAACAGGUGAUAAUGUUGAAUAUUCAUUACAUGUUUCAUUUUUAUGUAAAUUUUUAAAUAAACAUACCAAAAUAUUUCAUGCUGCCUUAGAAAAUAGUAAUGCCAAAAAAUUAAAAAGAGAAGGUAUGGCAUUAUAUGAAUUAUUUCAAUUGGAGAAAGAAGAAAAGAAACCAUAUGAAAAUUUAUGUUUAUUAGUUAAUGGUCGAAAUUUACAAACCUUCUUAAAUUAUACUGAUUUACAAACACACUUUUUAAAUAUGGCUUGUACCUGUGAUGUUGUUAUAGCUUGUCGAAUUACAGCAAAGCAAAAAGCAUUUUUAGUACAGUUAAUAAAAAAUAGAUUAUAUCCAACUCCAAAUACAUUAGCUAUAGGUGAUGGUGCAAAUGACAUAGCGAUGAUACAAGAAGCGAAUAUAGGUGUAAGUAUAAUGACAUCAGAUUGUAUUAUAUCAGCAGGAUAUUCAGAUUAUUGUAUAAAGAAAUUUUGUUAUUUAAGGAAAUUAUUAUUUAUAUAUGGAUCAAAACAUUUAUAUACUAUUAGUAUUAUAUUAUAUUGGAAUUUUUUUAAAAACAUACUUCUUAUAUUACCAAUUUUUUUUUAUCAAGCUUAUGCUUCUUGGAGUUGUGUAAAAAUUUAUCCAGAAUUAUUAUAUACUUUUUUUAGUAUAUUUUGGGUUUUUAUACCUAUAAUAUAUUAUAUGUUUUUACAACAUAAUUUAAAUUAUGAUAUAUUAUAUAAUAUACCAUUAUUUUAUGCCUUAAGUAGAAGAAGAUAUAAUAUGAAUUGUUUUAAAUUCUUACCAUGGAUUUUUGAAGCUAUAUUUUAUUCAAUGAUUAUAUACUUUUUUGCAUAUGCAGCACUUAAAGAAAAUUCUCAUUUGAAUAAUGGUGAAGUUAUUACAAUUAAUACAUUUGGCAAUAUAUGUUUUAUAGGAUGUCUAUUAAUAUCAAUAUUACGAUUAUUUUUAGAAGGAUCCUUAUGGUCUCCAUCUAUACUUAUAACAUGUUUUGGUUGCUUUUUAUUUGUGUUUUUUCCAUCUCUUCUUUUUAUAUGUUUUGCUUAUUUAUCAAAUGAAUAUAUAAGAGAAGUUUUCAGACAAACAUUUUUGUGGGCUCCUUUAUAUGUACUAUUAAUAUUAUGGUUUAGUACAUGUAUUAUUUCAUAUAUAUUUAUUAAUUUCACUAAAUCCAUAUUAUUUCCCAAUAUAUAUAAUGUUGUAAAUCACUGGUUAUUUGAACAAUAUCAAGAAAAACAUAAUAAAAAUAAAUACAUUUUCUCUUUGUCUGGUAAGAAUAAAUUUCUCAAGUUGAGAAAAUUAGGAAAAAAAAUUAAAUUUAAAUUUAAAAGAAAUUAUAGUAAAAAAUAUGAUACAAAUGUGAUAAGAGAACAUCCUUUACUUCAUCAUACAUUUAAAUCUGAACAGGAUCAGAAUAAAUGUAAUGAGCAAUUUUCAAAGGACCCCUUUAUUUCUAAUUCUUUACUGAAAUCAAAAAAUUGUAAAUUUAAAAAGGAUAGUUCUUAUAGUAAGUCAAAUAUUCAUGUGGAUGAAGAGCAAACAUAUAAAGGAUUGAAAGUUGUGUUAUCAGAGCAAGUUGUGCAUGCGAAGGAAAAUUUAGUUUCUUUUAAGAAUGAAAAAAAAAAUAAAAAUAAUAAAAAUACAAGCAUGAAUGUAAAUGAUAACAUAAUUAUAAAAAAUAAUAACAUUAAUAUUAAAAAUAAUGAUAAUAAUAAUGAUGAUAAUGAUAAUGAUAAUAAUAAUAAUAAUAAUAAUAAUGAUAAUUAUAAUAAUAAUGAUCAUAACAAAAAGGAAUUUAAACAGAAGCAUAUUCAAAAUAAUUAUGAAAAUUUAUUUAAUCAUACACAAGUUGAAAAUAAUUUGAUUAAAGAAAAUCUCUCCAUUAGGAACGACAACAACAGGAGGGAUAAUAAAAAUGAAACAGAUUAUAUAAAACAAAGUGAUGAAGAUUAUGAAAUGAAUCCUAGUAUUACUUCUUUAAGAAAAAGAGAAUGUAUAAAUGAUUCAAAAUAUAUAGAUAAUAAAUCAUAUGAUAAUAAGAUAUCUAAUAACCAUGAAGAAAAAGAUGGUUUUAAAAGUGAUGAUAGAAGUUUAAUUAAUAGUAAUAUGAUGGAUUAUAAAAACGAAUUCACGGAAAAUGAUACAACAUAUAGUUUUAACGAUAGUCAUAUGUUUUAUGAUUUCCCAUCAAAUUCUAAGACAACAAAAGAUUAUAAAGUAAUUAAUUCCAGAAUAGAUGAUUCUAUAAUGGCUGAUAUGAAGAAUUGUUUAAAUCCAUUGAAAAAUACAUUUUUAGUAGAUUUAUUACCACCAGGGAAAAGAUUCAGAAUAAACGAAGACCAUAUAUAUUUUAAAAAUAAUGAACGCAUGGAAAACAUUCCUGAAGCUUUAGAUGUCAAUAAAAAAUAUUAUCAUAUAAUUCAAAAUAAAGCUGAAUAUUAUGAUAAUGAUUCACUGUCUGAAUUUUCAUAUACUAGUUCAAAUAGUUCAAUUAAUAAUAAAAAGAAAAAUGAAAAUACACAAAAAGAAAUAGUUAAAGUCAGUCAUUUAAUUAAUAGAUUUACUUUGGCAUUUAAGGAUAUGCAAUUAGAAUCAGGAUUUCAAAUACAUAAAAAAAAUAAAUUUUAUAAAACAUUCACACCUUGGUAUCGUUUUAUAUUUUUAUUAUUAGGAGUAUUCUUUUUAUAUGUUUGGAAAUUAGAAUCAUCUUUGAGCCAAUUAUGGAAUAUGCCAUCAGAUGCAUCUACUGAUGUAUUUAUAUUAUUCUUAUCACUUUUAUUAGAAUUAGUUCUAUUAGCUGCAACUGUUACAACAUUUUUCUCUAAUAUAUUUAUAGAAAAUUUUAAUAAAAUUAUUAGUGCUGUAGUUAUAUUAAUAAUAACGUACCAUGUGGUUAGCUAUUCCGUAACACAUAUCGAUGGAGUAUUUCAAGCAGUUUUAUUUCCAUUAUAUACAUUUGUUAUAUUAAGAUUACCUUUUGUUAAUGCAGUUUUAUGUAAUAUUAUAUUUUUGGGCUUAUUCAUUAUACGAUUUAAUGGUGAUCAUUUUUUAGAUAAAAAAGGGUUAGCACAUUAUAUACCCUUAUUUAUUGGUGUCGAUGUUUUUGUUGGCUUUGUUGGUUAUCGAUUAGAAUAUAAUCAAAGAAAAAAUUUCUUAUUAGAAUAUUCAGUAGAAUCAUCAAGAAGGAAACAAAGAGAAAUUUUAAAUACAAUGUUACCCCCUUUUGUUGUUGAUGAAAUGAUAUAUUCUGAAUUAAAUGAAGAAGGUAUACCUAUUUCAUUAAAAGCCGAGGACAUUAGUACUGUCACCAUAAUUUUUUGUGAUAUAUAUGAUUUUCAAAAUAUUGUGGCCAGUAUUGAACCUACUCGUCUUGUGGAAGUAUUAGACAGAUUAUUUUUAUGUUUUGAUAAAUGCACUGAACAAUUUAAUUGCACAAAAAUUGAAACAGUAUUUGAAACAUAUUUGGCAGCUUGUGGUUUGGUAAAAAGGGAAAAAGACGAAGACGAGUUGGAAAAUAAUAAAUAUAGUAAUAACAAUAAAAAUAAUAAUAAUAAUUAUUAUUAUAAUAGAAAAAAAAAGAAGAAAAAAAAUAACAAUAACAACAACAACAACAAUAAUAAUAAUAAUAAUAAUAAUAAUAAUAACAACAACUUGAACAAUAACAAUAAUAAUAAUAAUGUUAAUACUUCGGAUGAUGAUGGUGAUUUUUUUGAAGAAGAUGAUGCUAAUAAUCACCAAAUAUAUAACCAAAUGAAAGGUCAAGAAGAUGCACAUGAUUCUAUAGAUUUUGCUUUGUCCAUUCUUCAUGUAAGUAGUCAUAUUAAAUAUGAAAAGUCAAAAAUGAUGUUAAAGAAAAAUGAUUCAUUUGAAGAUGCUAAUGAUGACACACAUAAUGUAAAUGACUCUUUCAAUAACGACAAAGCAGAAAAUGAUAAUACUAAUACUGAUAAUAACAAACCAACAAGAAUACGAGUCAAAGUAGGGAUACAUUCAGGACGAAUUAUUGCAGGUGUGGUCGGUUCAAAGAAACCACAAUAUGCCCUUUUUGGUGAUACUGUUAAUACAGCAUCAAGAAUGAAAACCACAGGUAAACCUGAUUAUAUACAUAUAUCUGAAGCUACGUAUAAUUUAGUUAAAGACGAUAAAACAUUAAUUUAUGAAAAGAAAGAAACAGAAAUUAAAGGAAAAGGUAUCAUGACAACCUAUCUAUUGACAUCAGUGAUCGGCUUAAAUUAUCCAUUUCUCGGUGAACAUGUAGAAAAAAAAGGUCAUUUUAUAUCAGAAUUAUAUGAAGAUGAUUUAAGUAAUAAUCUAAAUUAUGAUAAGACUCAAAAUAUUCUUGGAUAUUAUUCAAAUAAAAUUAAUCAAAAUAAUGAUUCUAAUAUAAAUGAAGGUAUAAUAAAUAAUAAUAUGAAUACAUUUAAUACAAUCGAUGGUGAUACAAGUAAUUAUUAUGUAAAUCUUAAAGACCUAUCUUUGAAUGAUUUACCUAAUGAAUAUAUUAAAGAUGUGAAUACACAUUAUUGUGAAAUUAUAAAAUUAAGAAACCUUAAAAUAGGAACAGCUGUUGGAUAUCAAUUAAAACAAAAAGAUUUUUAUAAUAUGACAUUUUUAAAUAAUGGACUUAAUAAUGAUACAGCAACAAAUUUUAAUCAAUAUAUUGAAAGUCAUAAAGAUUUUGACGAUAUAAAAGAUCUACGUAUUGGUAUGAAUAAACUUUCUAUAAGUGAUUCAUUAUAUUAUUUGAAUGAAAAUGUAAUAAGAAAUGAACCAAUAAAUGAAUACAAAAAUAAAAUAAAAAUAAAUAGUGUAAAUACAAAUAAAAAAUCCUAUGAAGAUGCACAUUUAAACGCAGGAAAUAUUAUAUAUACUAAUAAUGAAUAUCCUAAUGGACAAAAUAUUGAAGAAGAUGAUGAUUUAUUAUUAACCAAUCAUUAUAAUAAGACAAAUGUAAAUAAUAAUAAUAAUAAUAAUAUAUAUGAUGUAAGUAAAGAAUUAAUUGAACAUAAUGAAGAAGAUUACAAAAAUAUAUUAAUGUGUUCCAAAAGGUGCAAAAAUUGUAAUGAAACUUAUUGUACUCCAAAUGAUUGCAAUAACAAUGAUCAUGUAUAUCAUGUAAUGUAUCAUAGAAAGUUAAGUAAUAUAAAAAAAAAUUAUUUGAAAAAUAUAAGAAAAGAUGCAAAUAUUAAAAAGGAUAUAGAAAAAGAAGAAUUAAAUAAAAUACAUUCAAAUAAAAAAUCAUUUAAUUUUUUUUAUUUAUUUUCUUAUAUAUUUAAAAUAUUUCCAUUUAUUGGAAAAAUAAAUAAGGAAGAAAAAAAAAAUAAAUCAUAUAAAAAAGGAGAACAAGAUAAAUCAUCUAAAAGAAUAAUUGCUUUAAACAGUGAAUGGAUAUUCUUAAAAUUUAGUGAUAAAAAUUUAGAAGCAAAAUAUAGAGCACAUUUUUAUAGUAACAAAUCAAAUAUUAAUUCAAUUGAACAAGCGCUAAUUAUAUUUUUAGUUACAUUUGUUAUGCAAACUUUAAUAUCUAGUACGGUUUCUAUAGUAUUUAUUGAUCAUAAAAGAGCAACCCAAACAUUACAUAUAAACUAUUUUGCAUAUUGGUCAGUACGAUCAGUAUAUACAUUUUUUGGAUUUGUGUUAUGGCUUUUAUUUCAUUAUAGAACACGGCCUGAAGUGUCAUCUUUAUUAAACAUAAAAUGGAUGAUAUUCUUUUUAAAUUUAUUAUUCAUAUCAGCAGCUUGUGUAUUUUCCAUAGCAUAUUUAUGGGCUAUAUCCGAAACAGAUCAGACAACAUCAUAUACGAUAUGGAUGACAAAUGAUACAAUCGAAUUUUUUUUUUAUUUAGUUAUAUUACAUCAUAACACAGGAAUGUUAUUCCAAACGUGUAUCUUAGUAGAUUUGUUAUUUAUUACUAUGUCAUUAACCUUUAUAGCGACAAGUGUUGUAAAAACCAUAACAACUGAUUCAACAGUGUUAUUAAUACCUUGGUAUGUAGCUUUUAAUUUAAUUUCUACCUAUUGUAAAGAAUCAAUAGAUAGACGGACCUUUUACGCAAAUGAAAGUGCAAAGAAAACAGAAAAUAGAGCAACAGAACUUUUAAAUGAUAUGUUACCCAAACAUGUAUUAGAAGAAUUUCAACAAGAUAAAUUAAAAUUAGCAUAUACACAUGAUAGAUUGACAUUUCUUUUUGCUGAUAUUUGUGGAUUUACAUCAUGGGCAAAUGGUGUAGAUGCAUCUGAAGUUUUAACAUUGUUACAAAAACUAUUUGCAAAAUUUGAUAACGAUAGUACAAAAUAUGGAUUAUAUAAAUUAUGUACUAUUGGGGAUGCUUAUGUAGCUAUUAGUGAACCAGUUACUGAAGAUAAUAAGGAUUAUGAUCCAGUAGAUGGUACAGAACGUGUUUUAGAAAUGGCCUAUUCUAUGAUUCGAAUUAUUAAAGAAAUAAGAGAAAAGUUAUAUAUUCCCAAUUUAAAUAUGAGAAUUGGAUUACAUUAUGGUUCAUGCGUAGGUGGUGUUAUUGGUUCAGGGAGAUUAAGAUACGAUCUUUGGGGUAUUGAUGUGUUAACAGGAAAUUUAAUGGAAAGUAAUGGUAUUCCUGGAAAAAUUAAUGUAUCCGAAACACUUAAAAAUUUCUUAUUACAGCAAUUUAAAAAUAGAUUCAUUUUUAAACCACAUACAACAAUAAGAGUUAUAUACAAAGAUGUUAAAUGUUUUAUUAUUACAGAUAAAAAAGAAGUAGAAUCAUCAAACCACUCUAAAUUAUUACAAAAUAAAAACUAUCUACUUAAUAAAAAAUUUAGCACACAAAAUUAUUUAGUCAAAAAUAUAUUUGCCAAGAAAAAACAUUCAAGUAUCUCUUCUUCUAAGAAUAUUCAUUCCUACGAUGAAAAAAAGAAGAAGAAAAAUGAUUUAUUCUAUAUAAAUGUUAACGAUCGCCAGUCGAAUUUGUAA